AUGUACGGUGACCCCAAGGAGGGUCCGGCUCCGAGGUACUGCGCAGAGCACAGAGCGAGAGACCACGUCGAACUCAAAAACAGCAGCGAGCUGCUCGCCCUCUGCCCCUGCGACCUCAUCGACCUCGUGAAGCCCACCUGCUUCCGAUGCCCCAAGAAGCCUGUCUUCGGUCAGGACGGGAAGCGCCGCAGCUGCUCCGACCACAAGCUCGCAGACUUUCGCGACAUCGUGAACAAGAGGUGCUCACAUCCUGAAGGCUGCAACAGCAGGGCACAGAAGACGCACUCCCUCCUCGAGGUAGACGACAGCAGGCACGGUCACCUGUGCAAGCACCACACCUUGCCUUGCAUGCACCUCAAUGAGUCUAGCGCGACCCCUGGAGGGUCGGGCAACACAACAGUGAAGCCGCAGGAAGCAGAGAGGAAGAGGAAGAGGACAAGGGGGCAGAAGACUCGCAGGAGAGGAAAGGAAGCGAAUCACAAUGUCACUGCGAUGAAGGAGAGGAAGGCAAGGCUAGCUCCAGCAGCAGCAACGCGGCCCCGCAGGAGGAAAAGGAGCAGUCAGUGA